UGUCUCUCUAAUGUGAAAAUACAACACAAGAUUGAGGGAGAGCCGAAGAGCCCCUUUACCAAAGUUGUCAAAAUAUUUUCUUCGUCUUUUCCACUUCAAAAUUCCAAUAUGGUAUCAAAACUUCGGUUCAAAGAGAAGAGAAGAAGAAAAAGAUUGGAGAGGAACAAGUUUGGAGCACAAAGUGUUCAACCUCUGCCGAAUCCAACAAGAAGAACGAGAAAAAAAGGAGCAGAAAAGAUGGAAGGCUGCAGUCAAGGAAGGUGUUUGUUUCCCUCUAGAAGAACGGCGUUUGUUAGAGAGAAACUUUGCAAGGUGCUGGUGAAAAUAGAGCAGAAAGUCAUUGCUCACUGCCCUCAACAUCUGCAGUCAAGAAAACCAUGUUGUGUCUUUUCAUUCUUCAACCAAAAGAUGGCAGCAAGAAAGCAACAUGAAAAAAGGCAUCAAAGUGGAGAAAAACGUUUUUGUUUCUCCCUAGCCGACUCUGAAGAACAAGAUAUGUUCAAGCUAAAAUAAAAGCUUGUGACAUGAGCACCAAGAGUGCAAAGUGUUCUGGAAAAGGGCUUGCUGAACCCUCCAUUUUUGAGCGGAAGAGAGUUCAGAAGACAAAGACCAGCACUUUUAAAAUUCAUCGGUGGGAAGAGUGAAGGGAGCUAUCCCGUAUGUUCUUGGGUUUACAAUCCAAGUGCUUAUCGGGUGCAACUCUAUCAUGAUCAAGAGCGCGUUCAGAGCUAAUAUGAAGUUCACUGUGUUUUUAUGUUAUAAAAACAUAGUAGCUUUGUGUGCUCUACUUAUAGCGGCGCUCUACAGCAGACAAAGACCUCCAGUUCCCAAGGGUUGUCUUUUAGCUUGGAUCAUUUGCUUGGCUGUUUUUGAGCCAUUUUUGGGGCAACUUGCUGUGUUUGCUGGACUACGGUUCACGCCGGCCAGUUUCUCUAGUUGUAUUAUCGCAGUUGGCCCGGCCUUGACAUUCAUCGUCUCGUGGUAUCGCGGGUCGGAGACGGUCCACAUCCAUGAGAGACCUAGUCAAGCAAAAUUGCUGGGGGUGUUGAUGGUGAUCGGUGGAGCCGUAGCUGUGAGUCUUAUUGAUGGCCCCACCAUUACCAUUGCGUACGCCUCCACUAGCAGUGGCCACCCUUACAAGCUAUCUAAUAAUUGGGUUAGAGGUCCACUGUUAGUCGGGAUUUCAGGUGAUUCUUUCAGUAUGCUACAACUUGUUGAUGCAAGAGACUACUACGAAGUACGCUGACUUCCCAUUAGUUUGGCUUAAUGCUACGUUGUCGCCAUUGGAGCGCUGAUGGACACUAUAGUGGCUGUCGCGCUUACUGGGAGGACUACGUAUGCAUGGAUGCUGGGUUUGAACGUGAAGCUUGCAUGCUACCUAUACUCGGGUGUGGUGAUUUCUGCAUUCACGGCAUGGCUACAGAGCCGGGUGAUCCGGAUGAGAGACGCGGUCUUUUUGACCUCCUUUAGUCCCCUAGCCACCGUUGUUGUAAUGGUAUUAGGGUUUACAAUACUAAAGGAGGAACUUGACAGUGGGAGCAUUGCUGGAGGUGGUGUUAUAGUGAUAGGCCUUCUCGUUUUCCACUGGGGCAGGAGGCAGCCAGCACUCGACGCGUAGCAGUUUGACUUCAAAUAAAAGUUUAGAUGCUGUAAAUAUAUAAAUAUAUAGAUACAAAGU